AUGAGAGAAGUCCAUGAAGGAGUGUGCUCCGCUCAUCAAGGAGCAUACACUAUAGCUCGACGCAUCAUGCUGCAAGGUUUCUUCUGGCCAAAGAUGUUGAAGGAUUGCGCAGAAUACGCCAAGCGAUGCCCUAAGUGUCAAGAAUUCCAGACAUUGCCAAGACGACCCGCAACCAACUACACUCCGGUGAGCACAGCAAUUCCAUUCUCAAGAUGGGGAAUAGAUUUGGUAGGAGUCCUACCCACGGGCUCAGGAAGCCGGAAGUACAUUAUCGUGGCCAUUGACUACUUCACCAAAUGGGUGGAAGCUGAACCUCUGGCUAGUAUCACAGCAGCCAGGUGUAAAAAGUUUGUAGAGAAGAACAUACUAUGCCGCUUCGGCAUCCCCAUCCAAGUAAUCACUGACAACGAACGUCAAUUCGAAGGUAGAGAGUUUUCAGACUUUUUGACGGAAUGGGGCAUCAAGCACAGCCGGGUGGCGGUAUCAUACCCACAGGCGAAUGGUCAAGUAGAGAAUGCCAAUAGAACCAUCCNCUACCCCCGCCAUUGCUUGCAAAACCAGAGGCGGGUGAAACCUUACUCUUAUACCUGGGUAUAUCACAGGGUGCGAUCAGCUCCGUGUUGGUCAAAGAGGAAGGAGGGACUCAGCGUCCCAUUUACUAUGUGA